ACGGCUUGUUCGUGAGAGUCGCCCUGAACUAGCAAUUGCGAAAAUUCCCUGAUCUUUUAAUGAUCUGGAUAUAUUUUGGUCAGUUGUUUGUAAUCAAAAUGAUUUGAAGAUCGAAUAAUCUGCUCAGCGCCCUGCUUUUGUCCUCUCGUCAACCAGCACUGUCUUGUAAUGUUUACUUCUUUCGUGCUUCGGCGCGUUCUCUUGAGCGCUUGUGUAGCGGACUGAUCUAGUGUCUAAUGUUAGCAAAAUUAUUUUACACAAACAAUACAUAGGUUGGAUAGCUUUAUUCAUACGCGUUAUUCACACGAAGGAUGUCCAUCGUGUACAAUUGAUGUAAAUACUCGAUGUGAAUACUCCCAGGUAGUUAUAGUCGAGAACGAAGUGCGAGCAAGAUCCUCGUUCAUGAUGGCGAUGUUUCGCAGUUUUGUGUCGGCUACUCAUCAGCUCAGGCAGCACCAACAAAACGGGGCAGCUGCAGCUGCCACUGGCGAGAGCCUCGAGAGCCAGUUCUCCUGCCCAAUUUGCCUGGAGGUGUAUCAUAAACCUGUCACCAUUGGAAGCUGUGCCCACACGUUCUGUGGGGAGUGUCUGCAGCCCUGUCUCCAGGUCACCUCUCCCCUCUGCCCUCUGUGCCGCAUGCCUUUUGACCCAAAGAAGGUGGACAAGUCCUCCAGUGUGGAGAAACAGCUGUCCAACUACAAGGCCCCCUGUCGGGGCUGCAGUAAGAAGGUGUCUCUGGUCAAAAUGAGGUCACACAUCUCCUCUUGCGCAAAGGUCCAGGAGCAGAUGGCCAACUGCCCAAAGUUUGUGCCUGUGGUCCCCACUUCACAGCCCAUUCCCAGCAAUAUUCCAAACCGCUCCACCUUUGCAUGCCCAUUCUGUGGAGCCCGCAAUCUGGAUCAACAGGAGCUGGUCAAACACUGUAUGGAGAACCACCGCAACGAUCCCAACAAAGUGGUGUGUCCUGUAUGUUCAGCCAUGCCUUGGGGGGACCCCAGCUAUAAGAGCUCCAACUUCCUCCAGCACCUGCUCCACCGGCACAAGUUCUCCUACGACACGUUUGUGGACUACAGCAUUGACGAGGAGUCAUCACUGCAGGCAGCCAUGGCCCUGUCCUGUCAAAUCAAAUGUUAAAGUGAGUGACCGUCUGACUCUGUCUUUGCAGGAUUACAGUAUCGAUGAAGAGGCGGCACUACAGGCAGCCCUGGCUCUCUCCGUGACAGAGAACUGAGAGUCCUCUGAGUCCCCCAUUCUGCUGUCUGGGGACGGACUUCCAUCCUGACACCCCACUAGCUCUCUUUCUUUCUCUGGAUCCACCCCAUAUCCAGCCCCGUCCACAGCCACCUCACUGGGAGAGUUUGGAAGGACUUGGCCUAGACUCCCACUCUGGGAGAGCUACAGAGGGCUUAUCUCCUAACCCUGUCCCUGAUCCUCUACCUGGCCCUUCAUCCACUCUGCUCACCUGCUUAACUCGUCAAUUUCCAUUACCAUUACCUCAUAUCCUCUCAGCCAGCAGCAGCCUCUUCACUUCCUGUAUACUGGGGAGGGGAGCUUGGCCUCCAAUAAAUGUUGCAAUUCAAAACCACUGCAAUGCAAAACAAUGAGGGCAGCAUGGACAUUUUUGUUAUUCUACAGAAAGAAUGAAGGUUCCAAAAAUAAUGAUUUAAGGUAUUUUCUUUUACUCUUUAUUUUUCACUGUUCAACUGAAAUGUUUUCAAACUCCAGGAUGAGUCACAUGACACACGUUCUGGUAAAAGUACCACAGAUUAGUUCUGUUAAAGUUUAUUCUCAAGUGCGUCAUUUGAUGGCUUUUUGAUUAAGAGGGACUACAGUUGAAUGGCUGGACCUCAUUCUCAGUGUGAUAAUCUUACAGCUGGGUGACAGUCUAGACAUGACCAGUUAAACACAGAGAGUGAGGUCCUUCUUACAUCCCCAUCACGACAACAACACACUACAAAACAAACUAUCCCCUUUUGUAUUCAGAGUUCUUGUGAAUACUUGCACUUGUCACAUUUUUCUACGUAAUUGAACUAUAUAUUGUUCUUAUUUCAUAGUUAGGAAACAUAAUUAUAGUACUGCAUUUAUUCUUCACACUGCUGUUACUCUGCUGAUAUUUUUAUGAAGCACCAAACAAGAUCAAAUAUAUUUUUGGAAAAUGUUUCCGUUUUCAAAUGGUUUACUAAUAAUAAGAAACAUGUGUAUUGGAGAUGUGUUUGUUGUUUUACCACCUUUUUCAAAGUACCCAUUGGUACUGUACUGCUGGCAUCAAACAGUUGUUAGCAGGAUUUUAGGGCCUAUGAGUAAUACACUGUCUCAAACACAAGAGGGCACCCCAGUCUCAAAAUAGGCCGGGCACAAGUCAAUAGUAAUUUAAGUCAGUGUUACUCCGUCAGUUUAUACCCAUGCACAGUAUUCUGUUUGGUUUAGUGCCCACUAGGAGAAGUGCAAGAAGUGAAAUAUUAUGAGGUGAGUAUUGUUGGAUAAGUCUAUCCUUGUGGUGGAAUUGGUUGCUGCCCCAUAAGAGUCCAGUUUUAUGCUAAUUAUUGUCUUGAACACCAAUGUUGGUCUGAUAGUAAAAUGUAAAAGUGUACAUUGCUACACUACAGAAUCAGUGCAAUAUUACUAGGCCAUUUACCUUCCAGGAUCCACACUGCUCCUGUCUCAGUGGGGUCUCCCCAAAACCCAUUGGUCAGAGCUGUGAAAAUCUGUUUGAGUAUACCAUACACAUUCCAGUCCUGUUACAAUCAUUAUGUUCCAAUGGUUUGUUAAAGACAUCCACUUUCUGAUAGCACAGUAAUUAUUAAAGUUGGAUUUAAACAAAAAUGUGCAGAACAGCUGCAUAUUCAAUCAUAUGAUAAAAAUGUCUUUAAAGGCACUGAUCAAAGGGAUACAAUUAUAAAAGUAUGUUGCCCCCAAGUAGAUGUCCAAAUUAUAAGCCAUGUUUAGGUAGUAGUGUACCCGUUGAGCUAGCAUUGAUUUAUGGAGAUUUAAGAUCAUGUUUUGGUUCACUCUGAUGAAGGAUGCCUUAUAGGAAACUGGUUAGAUUUUAUAGCGCGCAAUGGAGGAAGAUAUUAUGUAUUGUGAUUAUUUGUUACUAGACUGACUAGUAAAAGUAUAAUGGUCUGUUCAUUUGUGUUUUUCCUUGUUUCCGAGGAGAAUUGUACAUACGGUAGAGAAUGCAACAUUUAGGUUUAGGUCCCUGUGGUAACUACGAAUGAGAAUGUAUUCGUUUUUUUAAUAAGUUAUAUAUUUUCCACGGGAAUGCAUUGAAAUAUUGCACUAUAAUAAAAUAUAUUUAGAAAAAGGGCAGAAUUUUUUUAUUGUAAUUAUUAUUAUUUUCAUUCCAAUAUGUACAUUUCAUGAUGGAUGAUAAUGUAAGUUGUGGCUGUUUUUGUGUAAGAGCAGAGGGAAUGUUAAGUAUUAUCUCAGUCAUAACAUGGUGAUGUUUUGGUGUACUGGGAUGGUACAGACAAUUUGUCUGUGUCGUUAAUAUUUUAUAGAUGGGUAUAUAUUGCAAAACAGACUGAGAAAACCAUCCCAGAUGUACAAAAGUGUUACAAACAAAAAUGUACUCUCAGCUUAGUCAAAGUGUUCUUGGAGAUAAUGCAUCCUUAUUUGAUAGACAUCGACAUGUUAUAUUUUCGGUGUUUAAAUGUAUUUUACUGGUUGGCACAUUAUUGACAGGGGUGGCCAUUAGAGAAAAACUGUCAUCACCAUGAGAAAUCCUGAGUUUCUUCUGGGGCAGCAAGGAAUUGUUACGUAUCUUUAAUUGAAUCAUUUACUCAGCCUUUUUACUACCUAAUAAUGAUGCUAUUUUAUAAAUGUUUGUAAGGUUAAAGGUAUUUUAUGUUUAGAUCAGCGUUCAUGUGCACAGCUGUAGCCUAACAUGUAGAUUUUGUAUGGAGUAUACCUGAAAUGUAUACUUUUCACUCUGUGUAUUGUUGCAUCCACGCAUAAUUCACUGUACUGUAUGUCAUCAUCCCAGAGGUCCUGCUUGUGGUCAGAACCAGUCCAAUCUCUGUAAAAUAAACUCAAUGUUGCAGGUCACACACUGAUAGACCACCUGCAACAGAGACAUACACCAAAAACAGGGACAGAAAAAAAAGGAAACUAUUUUGUAUGAACUUUGUUAGGUCAUUUUUGUCAAGAGGGCCUUACUGAGACUGUCUGUUCUGAACUUGGUAAGGCUGACAGGAAAUAGACUUUCAUAAAGACUGGUAUCACAGCAAUCAGAGAAGACAGAGCCUGUGUCUCUGACUGUGUCCCCCAGGACUUGGCUGCCCUGGGAGUGUCAUGUAAUGUCACUCAGUCUAGACACAGGCUGAUGUUGUCCUCCCCAGGGGGGACUGAGCUACACCAGGAACCAGGAAGUUUCCUUCAGGGCCACUGUACCCUAGAUACCCACCAUGGGGCUUUGGCCCUACUGUCAGGGCCUGUGUGUGUUUAAAUGUGAUUUAUGCAUUCUUGAAAAAUAGUAAUAAUACCAGUAAUAACAAUGGUUGCUUGUUAGCAUCAUAAUGUGGAUAUUUAAGUUAUAACACUGUUUGAACUUUAAUAAGAUAUUGUAUUUGUAGCAGAUUUGUUUUCCCCUCAAUAAAAACACUGACCCGUC